GAGCACCUGCAGCUCCAAAACUUGGGAAUCAAUCCAGCCAACAUAGGCUUCAGCACCCUAACCAUGGACUGCAAAGACCCUGCAGAUCUUUAACAUUGAGAUGAAGAGCAAGAUGAAGGCUCACACGAUGACGGAUGAUGUGACCUUCUGGAAAUGGAUCUCCCUCAACACCGUUGCCCUAGUCACAGACAAUGCAGUUUACCACUGGAGCAUGGAGGGGGACUCUCAGCCUCUCAAAGUUUUUGAUCGUCACUCCAGUCUGGCAGGCUGCCAGAUCAUUAAUUAUCGAACCGAUGCCAAACAGAAGUGGUUGCUGCUUAUUGGUAUUUCAGCGCAGCAAAACCGUGUUGUUGGAGCCAUGCAGCUGUACUCAGUGGAUAGGAAAGUGUCUCAGCCCAUUGAGGGUCAUGCUGCUGGUUUUGCACAGUUCAAGAUGGAAGGCAACACUGAAGAGUCAACUCUGUUCUGCUUCGCUGUGCGGGGACAGGCCGGAGGAAAACUUCAUAUUAUUGAAGUGGGAACUCCACCUACUGGAAACCAACCAUUUCCCAAAAAAGCUGUGGAUGUUUUUUUCCCACCAGAAGCCCAGAAUGACUUCCCUGUUGCCAUGCAGAUCAGUUCCAAGCAAGAUGUAGUAUUUCUUAUCACCAAAUAUGGCUACAUCCACCUGUAUGAUCUGGAGACUGGAACUUGCAUCUACAUGAACAGGAUCAGUGGAGAGACCAUCUUUGUCACUGCACCUCAUGAACCCACCGCCGGUAUUAUUGGAGUUAACAGGAAAGGACAGGUGUUGUCAGUAUGUGUGGAGGAGGAGAACAUCAUUCCCUACAUCACCAACGUGCUCCAGAACCCAGACCUGGCUCUUCGCAUGGCCGUACGCAACAACCUCGCUGGUGCUGAGGAGCUGUUCGCCCGCAAGUUUAACACACUCUUUGCAGCAGGAAAUUACUCAGAGGCUGCCAAAGUUGCAGCCAACGCGCCCAAGGGCAUUCUGCGAACUCCAGACACCAUCCGUAGGUUCCAAAGUGUUCCAGCCCAACCAGGCCAGACAUCUCCUUUGCUCCAGUACUUUGGCAUCCUGCUGGAUCAAGGCCAACUUAAUAAGUUUGAGUCUUUGGAGCUGUGCAGGCCUGUUCUCCAGCAGGGCCGCAAGCAGCUGCUAGAGAAAUGGCUGAAGGAGGACAAGCUGGAGUGCUCUGAGGAGCUUGGAGACCUGGUGAAGUCUGUAGACCCCACUCUUGCCCUCAGUGUCUAUCUCAGAGCCAAUGUCCCCAACAAAGUCAUUCAGUGCUUCGCAGAGACUGGACAGUUCCAGAAGAUUGUCCUUUAUGCUAAGAAGGUUGGCUACACUCCAGACUGGAUCUUUCUGCUAAGGAAUGUAAUGCGGAUCAGUCCAGAGCAAGGUCUCCAGUUCUCCCAGAUGCUGGUUCAGGAUGAAGAGCCACUUGCUGAUAUUACACAGAUUGUUGAUGUCUUCAUGGAGUACAARCUGAUCCAGCAGUGCACGUCCUUCCUGUUAGAUGCCCUGAAGAACAAUAGACCCAUGGAAGGACCUCUGCAGACUCGUCUGCUGGAAAUGAAUUUGGUUCAUGCCCCCCAGGUCGCAGAUGCCAUCCUUGGCAAUCAGAUGUUCACUCACUAUGAUCGAGCCCACGUGGCCCAGCUGUGUGAGAAGGCUGGCCUCCUGCAGAGGGCACUGGAGCAUUAUACUGACUUGUAUGACAUAAAGCGUGCUGUGGUGCACACACACCUUUUAAACCCAGAGUGGUUGGUGAAUUUCUUCGGCUCCCUCUCAGUGGAGGAUUCUCUGGAGUGUCUGAGGGCCAUGUUGUCAGCCAACAUCCGUCAGAACCUGCAGAUCUGCGUGCAGGUUGCCUCCAAGUACCACGAGCAGCUCUCAACUCAAUCCCUCACRGAACUUUUUGAGUCAUUCAAGAGCUUUGAGGGUUUGUUUUAUUUCUUGGGCUCCAUUGUGAACUUUAGCCAGGAUCCAGAAGUCCACUUCAAAUAUAUUCAGGCUGCCUGCAAAACAGGCCAGAUCAAAGAGGUGGAGAGGAUCUGCAGAGAAAGUAACUGCUACGACCCAGAACGUGUCAAGAACUUCCUGAAGGAGGCCAAGCUGACUGACCAGCUACCUUUAAUCAUCGUGUGUGACCGCUUUGAUUUUGUCCACGACCUGGUUCUGUACCUGUACCGCAACAGCUUGCAAAAAUACAUAGAGAUCUACGUUCAGAAGGUGAACCCAAGCCGUUUGCCUGUAGUCAUUGGAGGUUUAUUGGAUGUGGACUGUGCUGAGGACGUGAUUAAGAACCUGAUCAUGGUGGUGAGAGGACAGUUCUCCACUGAUGAACUGGUUGCUGAAGUGGAGAAGAGAAACCGACUGAAGUUGUUGCUGCCCUGGUUGGAGGCUCGCAUUCAUGAAGGAUGCGAGGAGCCUGCGACUCACAACGCUUUGGCCAAGAUCUACAUCGACAGCAACAACAACCCUGAGCGCUUCUUAAGGGAGAACCCUUACUAUGACAGCCGUGUGGUGGGCAAGUAUUGUGAGAAGAGAGACCCCCACCUGGCCUGCGUGGCGUAUGAAAGAGGACAGUGUGACCAGGAGCUCAUUCAUGUGUGCAAUGAAAAUUCACUCUUCAAGAGUUUGUCCCGCUACCUCGUGCGUCGCAAGAACCCUGAGCUGUGGGCGAGUGUACUGCUGGAGACCAACAACUACAGAAGACCCCUCAUUGAUCAGGUUGUCCAAACYGCUUUGUCAGAGACCCAGGAUCCAGAGGAGGUCUCUGUUACAGUCAAGGCUUUCAUGACCGCUGACCUUCCCAAUGAACUCAUUGAGCUUCUGGAAAAGAUUGUGUUGGAUAACUCUGUCUUUAGUGAGCACAGAAACCUCCAGAAUCUUCUCAUCCUGACAGCCAUUAAAGCUGAUCGAACACGCGUUAUGGAGUACAUUAACCGUCUAGAUAACUAUGAUGCCCCCGAUAUCGCAAACAUCGCCAUCAGUAAUGAGCUGUUUGAAGAGGCCUUUGCUAUUUUUAGAAAGUUUGAUGUCAACACCUCUGCUGUGCAGGUUCUGAUUGAACACAUUGGUAACUUGGACAGAGCAUAUGAGUUUGCUGAGCGCUGCAAUGAGCCUCCGGUGUGGAGUCAGCUGGCAAAGGCCCAGCUUCAGAAAGGGAUGGUCAAAGAGGCCAUAGACUCGUACAUCAAGGCUGAUGAUCCCUCUGCUUACAUGGAGGUGGGACAAGCUGCAGCCCAAAGUGGAAACUGGGAGGACCUGGUGAAGUUCCUGCAGAUGGCUCGUAAAAAGGCUCGUGAGUCAUACGUUGAGACGGAGCUGAUCUUCGCCCUGGCUAAAACCAACCGCCUGGCCGAGCUGGAGGAGUUCAUCAAUGGUCCCAAUAAUGCUCACAUCCAGCAAGUGGGUGAUCGUUGCUACGAUGACAAGAUGUACGAAGCGGCCAAACUACUUUAUAACAACGUGUCCAACUUUGGCCGUCUUGCGUCCACAUUGGUGCACCUGGGAGAAUACCAGGCUGCUGUGGAUGGAGCCCGCAAGGCCAACAGCACCCGUACCUGGAAAGAGGUGUGUUUCGCUUGUGUGGAUGGGAAGGAGUUCCGUCUGGCCCAAAUGUGUGGUCUGCAUAUUGUUGUCCAUGCUGACGAACUGGAGGAACUAAUCAACUAUUACCAGGACCGCGGUUACUUUGAAGAGCUGAUCACCAUGCUGGAGGCMGCUCUGGGGCUGGAGCGUGCUCACAUGGGCAUGUUCACGGAGCUGGCCAUCCUCUACUCCAAGUUCAAACCCCAGAAGAUGAGGGAACACCUGGAACUCUUCUGGUCCCGUGUCAACAUUCCAAAGGUGCUCAGGGCAGCUGAGCAGGCCCACCUUUGGGGUGAGUUAGUGUUCCUCUAUGARAAAUAUGAGGAGUACGACAACGCCAUCAUCACUAUGAUGAACCAUCCAGCUGACGCCUGGAAGGAAGGCCAGUUCAAAGACAUUGUCACCAAGGUGGCAAAUGUGGAGUUGUACUACAAAGCCAUCCAGUUUUACAUGGAGUUUAAACCGUUGUUACUGAACGACCUGCUCAUUGUCCUCUCUCCAAGACUGGACCACACACGGGCUGUGAACUUCUUCAGCAAGAUGAAACAGUUGCCUCUGGUGAAACCAUACCUGAGGUCUGUCCAGAAUCACAACAACAAAGGAGUGAAUGAAGCACUUAACAACCUCUUCAUUACUGAGGAAGACUAUGCGGCACUGCGGACAUCCAUCGAUGCUUACGAUAACUUUGACAACAUCUCGCUGGCCCAGAGCCUGGAGAAGCACGAACUGAUUGAAUUUAGGAGGAUCGCAGCUUACCUUUUCAAAGGGAACAACCGCUGGAAACAAAGRGUCGAGCUCUGCAAGAAGGACAAGCUCUACAAGGAUGUCAUGCAGUACGCAUCAGAGUCUAAAGACAUUGAGCUGGCUGAGGAGCUCUUGGCUUGGUUCCUCAGCGAAGACAAGAAGGAGUGUUURGCCGCCUGCCUUUUCACCUGCUACGACCUGCUGCGGCCAGACGUGGUGCUGGAAACCGCCUGGAGGCACAACAUCAUGGACUUCUCUAUGCCGUACUUCAUCCAAGUCAUGAGGGAGUAUCUCACAAAGGUUGAUGCGAUAAAGGAAAAGGUGGACAAACUCGAAGCCUCUGAGUCUCUGAGGAAACAGGAGGAGCAGGCCACGGAGUCUCAACCCAUUGUUUACGGCUCACCCCAGCUCAUGCUCACAGCAGGGCCCAACAUGGCGGUGCCUCCUCAGCCGGCCUACAACUACGGCUACACGGCAGCACCAGCCUACAACCAGCCGCCACAGCCCAACUUCGGUUACGGCAUGUGAACCCCCAACCUCCCCAACACGAGCUCCUUCCCUCCAUCUGUCCUUCGUUUGUGUUCCUCACCAGCUUCCCAUGGUCUUCUACUCUCAAAAAGGACCACAAACAAGCAGCAACCCACUCUAGUUUUCAAUACUUUUUUUAAAAUUAUUAUUUUUUUGUUGAUGUUGUCCUGUUACAAGAUAAGUUAUUUGGCAGCGAAGAAGGACUUUGAUUUGUACUGUUGAAAGAUUUUGACCACUUUUUUUCACAUUCCAUAUUUAUGACUAGUUGUUUAGUUUGUUUUGUUUUUAUGUUUUAUUGUUUUGCGCAGAAGUGGACUUGCUAAAGCUCAACYAACCUUUUGAAGUAGGUGGAGGAGCAUUGGAUUUUGCACUCAUGAAAUUAGCUCUUUACGUCUGACCGACUGAACAGUUGAACAACCUCCAUUGUCUUGUCUGUAAAAUGCAUUUCAUUUAAUGUAUAUUCUGAAGAGGAAAAAAAGAGGAGGAUACUUAUAUUAUUGAACAUAUAUUGCCAUUUCAGUGGCUCUAGCUAGUAACACUAAGUAAUGAUAGUAUAUUCUGCACAGGUGUGUAGCAUUCUGGAGUUUCAGAUGCACACAGGUGUGUGACUGAGUGUGUGUGUGUGUGUGUUUGACCUAAAGGUCUAAAUAAGAGUUUUAACCCUCCUCCCCAGCCUGUACAGMUCUGUUGACUCCAUCCUCCUAGAUAUUAGCACUUCUUCUUUGGCUCCAUGUAUUAACAGGACCUCCUGUGCCGUGUACAGUGGGUGUGUGAGACUGUCUGUGUACAUGUGAGGAUGAAAACCACGGCAAUCAAACCCCAGGGUCCUAAACCGUGCUGUUUUUUUUUUUUUUUUUUUUUUUUUUUUUUUUUGUACGUGUGUAUUUACUCCCGAUGAGGUCCGUGUAUGCCAGGUGAUGUGCUGUUUCUUUUGGUCACCGUUACCUUUUUUUGUUUUUUGGCGUGUGUACAGAUGUGAACAAAGGGAACUGGAGGGGGAAAAAAAAGUCUAGAUGGAGACCCCUCCACCUCCUACCCUCCCCUGUCCUGUUUGCUCCUCUUGUUAAUGCUUUGCAGCAAGAAUAAAGAAGGAGGCAGAAGAAGACAGGCCAAAAACACUCCUGUUUCGAUGGUUAUGAGCAUCCAGCUCUGUUUGGUCUGGAAUAAGAGCCUGUUGUUUACCUUGAUGUUCCUAACUUCCUUACAUGCUCUAAGCUGUGUGUGUAAAGUGUCAUUCUAACCCCAUAGGUUCAACUCCUUUCUGUUAAGCAUAUUAAUGAGAAAGCUGAUCUGUCACAGAAGAAUACGACUAAACUGAAAGGAAAAUACUAUCCUAAGUUAAAAAGAAUAAUAAUAAAAAAAUAGUCUCCA